GGCUGAAAAUCAUUCAUACAAUACGUGGUUAUGUUUUUUCUUCUGGACCAUAAAUAACUAGUGGUUCUGUUUCACUCAUUCUUCUCCAAAUUUAUUACUUCUCUUUUUAUUGUUUUGGCCACCCAACUUUUCAUUUUGCACAAUUUUUUUCCAAUUUCUUUGCUUCUUACCCUCAAACAGUUAUUUAUUGAUUAUUUUGAAGGAAGCAGUAUCAUAUUAUAUCAUGGUUCAACCAUGUUAACACUUUAUGCUCCCAGAGCUAUUCUAAACUCUCAUUUAUUAUACCAACAACACUCAGCUUCCACGCAACAAGCAUACAAAAUCAAUGUUAAUUUCGUAAAUUUCAAUCCGGCUUUUCCUAAACCUUAUGGAAGCUAUUGUAGCAACAUAUUUUAUAGUUCAUCUUUCUCUUGGAUAUGUGAAAAGCAACACAAGAGUGUUCAUAGUAUAUUCCAUCAUAAGUGGCUGUGUGGGUUACAUGAUUCAAUUUCAUCCAAUGAUGAUGAGUACCGUUCUUCGCGCAACAUAGCCAUCACCUUGUUUAAGCGUUACAGGAACUUCGCUGAUCGUGGGGGAGGUGACAAUCUUAAAGAGUUCAUCACUGCUGGGGUGAAUGCAUAUGAACUUGGGUGCACUGAUGAAGGAUUAAGGAAAGAGCUUACUGACAUGAAGGACUCUGGCAUUGAAAUUGAAGCAAUGCAGAGAUAUGGUGGAAGCACAAGCUUGAAAUCUAAAGUCAUCUCCCACGAGAUUGAUGAGUGCAUUCUGUGGUUAAGCAUUAUAUUUAUCACAAUCUUGUGUACACCCCAGCUAACUAUUGUUAGAUGGUCAUCAACACCUUCAGUUUCAGAUGAAGUGAGAAUUCAAUGGAAAGGAUUCUGUGCUCUCAUAGCAAAUGCAUAUUUUAUGAAGGGAAUGGCUUGGCUACCUGUAAAGACUCUUCAAUUAGAACAGACGGUUGUGAUGGAUGAAGCUGAGAAACCAUCAGUUGUUGCUAGCCGAAUGCAAUUAGUCUUUAGCACACUUGAGGUAGUUAGUCCGCAGUGGCCAAAAGUGUAGCAAAUGAGACCAGGAUAAACUUUUCCCUACACUUUCGUGUGGAAUUAUACAUAAAGCAAAGAAAAAACUAAAUUAACAUGUACUAGUUUUUUCUACUUCCGGUAAUAAAAAGAAACCAUGUAUUUUUCAUU